CAGAGCAGGAGGGCACGGGGACCCACGGGGCUCCCAUCCUACCCACAGGGCCGCCAUCGUCCCCAUGCUUCCCCAUUCUCUCUACAGCUCUCGUCCUCCCCCGUAGUUCCCCCUCUGCCCCACAGAGCCCCCAUCCAUCCCUCGAACAGAGCCGCGCUCUCUGUAGGAUCUGCUCCUCUCUCUCCCCACCCCCCACACGAGGAGUUCAAUCAGCCAGCAGCAGAGGCUCCUCCUCUGCUUCAUUCUGACCCCCCUCCUCCCCCGGCAGCUAUAGGACAUGAACAGGAUCCGGAUCCACGUCCUGCCCUCCAACCGCGGCCGCCUCACCCCCAUCCCACGGCCUCAGGAGCCUCAGUGCUGCUCCUUCAGCCAAAGGCAGUGCUCCCAGCCCCGCCUGGAGGGCCACGACUUCUGCCUCAAACACAUCCUCGAGGACCGCAGCGCUCCCUUCAAGCAGUGCAGCUACAUCUCAGCCAAGAAUGGGAAGCGCUGCCCCAACGCUGCCCCCAAACCAGAGAAGAAGGACGGUGUGUCCUUCUGUGCUGAGCACGCCCGCAGGAACGCCUUGGCGCUGCAGGCUCAGCUGAAGAAAUCCAACCCCGGACCCGCGAGCGAAACGCUGCUGUGCCAGCUCAGCUCCUAUGCCAGGACAGAGCUGGGCUCCCAGAGCACCGAGAGCGGCCGCAGCGAAGCCAGCCGCAUCCUGGAUGAGGACAGCUGGAGUGACGGCGAGCAGGAUCCUAUCACGGUGGAUCAGACGUGGCGGGGCGACCCGGACAGCGAGGCUGACAGCAUCGAUAGCGACCAGGAGGAUCCUCUGAAGCACGCCGGCGUUUACACGGCCGAGGAGGUGGCCCUGAUCAUGAGGGAGAAGCUGAUCCGCCUGCAGUCGCUCUACAUCGAUCAGUUCAAACGGCUGCAGCACCUCCUGAAGGAGAAGAAGCGCCGCUUCCUGCACAGCCGCAAGGCGGAGCACGAGGCCGUAGGCAGCAGCCUCCUGACGGGACCCGAGGGGCUCAUGGCCAAGGAAAGGGAGAACCUGAAGCGCCUCAAAUGCCUGCGGCGUUACCGGCAGCGCUACGGCGUGGAGGCUCUGCUGCACCGGCAGCUGAAGGAGCGCAGGGUGAUGGCGACCGACGGCGCGGCCCAGCAGGCUCACACCACGCGCUCCAGCCAGAGAUGUUUGGCCUUCGUGGACGACGUGCGCUGCUCCCAUCCCUCGCUGCCCAUGGCCAGGCACUGCCUCACCCGUAUCCUUCCGCCCUGCCGUGCGCUGGGACCCCCGCCCCCCUCCUUUCCCCCCCCAUCCGGCCCUCAAUCGAGGCCGGCGGUUUGCUGUAGCCGUUGGUUUCAAACAGGAGCCCAAAGCAAGGCUUUCCUUCGGGCCGCCGGCUGGGCUCAGGCGCUGAGGGCACGGCUGGGCGCCGGGGGUGGACAUGGGGGGGGGUCCUGCGCUGCAGACCCCAGGCUGGGCUUUGCAGGUUGGGGCCGGGGGCUGGAGGAGGUGCUGCACGGCGCUGCGUCCCUUUGGCUGCUGAGGCUCGGGAGCUGCGCUGUCACAGCGGUGGGCACAGGGACCCCCAGCCACAGCUGGGAGCUUGGGGGGGGGGGGGGGGUCUGCGGUCAGCGGGGAAUGGGGUCAAAGCAGCGCUUGCUGCUGGCAGCCGUGGGGCUGAGCUUUGCUUUCUACCUCCUCGCAGAGGGGCGGCUGCAGGGGGAGUCGGGGGUCUGA